AUGUUCCCAACUGCUCUGCGCGCGAGUUGCCGCGCCUCGCGCCCACGGGUCCCGAUCCUGUCGUCGUCGUCGUCGUUUACCCUGCGCCGCUUUGCGAACGCUCGCGCCGCGUCGCUUGGCCUUGAAAAGUUUGGCGUCACGAAUGCCAAGACGCAGGUGCACCACAACUUGAGCUACGAAGAGAUUGCCGUGCACGAGGAGAAGAACGGGGAAGGAGAGUUUGUGCGCAAUGGCACGUACACGAUCGACACGGGCAAGUUCACUGGCCGCUCGCCCAAGGACAAGUACAUUGUGGACCAGAAGCCGUCGACCGACAACAUUUGGUGGGGCGAGAUCAAUCGGCCCGUGAGCGCCGACGUGUUUGACGCGCUCUACGACACAGUCACCACGCACUAUAGCAAAGCGGACAAGGUGUACGUGUUUGACGGCUACGCUGGCGCGCACGCGGCGUCGCGCAAGAAAGUGCGCUUCCUCACCGAGUUGGCGUGGCAGCAUCACUUUGUGACCAAUAUGUUUCUGCGGCCGCAGACGCGGGACGAGAUUGCAGCGUUUGAGCCCGACUUUACCAUUGUCAACGCCUGCCGCGUGACGAAUCAGGACUACAAGCAGCACGGCCUGAACUCGGAGGUGUUUGUUGCGUUUAACAUUGAAAAGGACGUGGCCGUCAUUGGCGGCACGUGGUACGGCGGCGAGAUGAAGAAGGGCAUCUUUUCCAUGAUGAACUACUGGCUGCCGCUCGAUGGUAUCAUGGCCAUGCACUGCUCGGCCAAUAUGGGCAAGAAUGGCGACACGGCGCUGUUCUUUGGUCUAUCGGGCACGGGCAAGACGACGCUGUCGGCUGACCCGCAUCGGUACCUCAUUGGUGAUGACGAGCACGGGUGGGACGAUGAAGGUAUCUUUAAUUUCGAGGGUGGAUGCUACGCAAAGACGAUCAACCUGAGUCGUGAGAACGAGCCGGACAUUUACAACGCUAUUAAGCGCGACGCGCUGCUCGAGAACACGUUCGUGGACGCUGAGACGAAAGAGCCAGACUUUUACAACACGUCCAAGACCGAGAACGGCCGGGUGUCGUACCCCAUCUACCACAUUCCAAACCACGAGCCGACCUCGAGCGGCGGUCACCCGUCGAAUGUGGUCUUUCUGACGUGCGACGCCUAUGGCGUCUUGCCGCCUGUGUCCAAGUUGAGUGACGGCCAGGCGAUGUACCAUUUUCUGUCUGGAUACACCGCCAAGGUUGCCGGCACCGAGCGUGGAGUCACAGAACCCACAGCGACUUUCAGCGCUUGCUUUGGCGCCGCGUUCUUGCCUCUUCACCCGACCAAGUACGCCGACCUGCUGCAGAAGAAGCUGCAGCAACACAAUACCGACGUCUAUCUUGUCAAUACGGGCUGGACGAGCGGAGGUUACGGCGUCGGCAAGCGCAUGAGCAUCAAGGACACGCGUGCAUGCAUUGACGCCAUCUUGGAUGGCUCGAUUAAGCAAUCGGAAUUUGUGGAAGACCCGAACUUUGGUUUCCAAGUGCCGAAGAAACUUGGCAGCAUUUCGGAGAGCGUGUUAAAUCCGCGCAAAGCCUGGAGCGACAAAGCUGCGUACGACGUUGCGGCCAAGAAGCUGGCGGGUAUGUUUAAGGACAACUUUACGAAGUACGUGUCGGCAGACGUCACGGAUUACUCCAAGUUUGGCCCCAAGGUGUAA